AUGACGAUCUUGACUGGCUUUCCACCAGAUGUUGUCAACAUCAUACCAGGUGAUAGGCCUGAAUGUGGUUAUGCAAUUAGUGUUCAUGCACAUAUUGAUAAAGUAGCUUGUACUGGUUCACUUGAAACUAUAUGUAAUCAAGCACUAUUUGGUGGCUUUAAACAAUCAGGUGAGAAAAGAGAAUUAGGUCGAUAUGAUCUCGAAGCAUACUAUCAAAGUGAUCUUGAUAAAACAAUUGAAGCUGCUGAAAAAGGCUUCCAAUAUGAUUCACCAUGGCGUAAGUUAGAUCCUGCUGCACGUGCUCAGUUAAUUCGUAAACUUGCUGAUUUACUUCUACGUGUUGCGAAUUAUUUAGCAGUAAAAAUGUUCACUCUGUAUAGUAGUAUAUUGGUUGAAUUAACUCAUCUUGAAGGUACAAAACAUAAUAAUCUCAUAUCUUUACAAAUGCUUGAUGUUGCUGCAGUUCUUCUUGAGAAUACUCAUGUUUUUAUUCAUGGUUCAAAUUCUACAACUGUUGACGAAGUUUUAUAUGCUGCUGCAUGGAUUUGUGAACCACAAAAAAUUCUUGAAUCAAUGCUUAAUACAAAAAUAACUCUAUUUCCUGGACAUAUUCAAUCUGUUUACUAUCAAAAUAUUUUGAAAAUUAUUAUAUAUUUAAUUCAAUCAUCGAAUAAUGAUGAAACAUUAAUUCAACAACUUCUUUCAUUAACGAUUGAUAAAAUGUCUUUAUUUUUAUCAAGUGGUGAUGUCGAAGCACAAGAAUGA